AUGCAAUAAGAUCAAUUUUUAACAACAUUUGUUGUCAAUUAUCAUCAACUAAAUGAUAAACAGACUAUUAACUAUGAAAUUUUAUUUUUUGUAUAAUCAAAAAAUUAAAAAUUUUAUGCAAAACUGAAACUGAACAUUCCAACAAAGACAUCUAAAUUAGGUAUAUUAAUUUCAAACAACAAAUUUUUUCUUUCUAUUUGUAUCUUUGGAGCAUAUUCUCCUUGUAAAUGGUAAUCUAAUGUAAAUAGUUAUAUAGGAGAUGAUACAUUAUCAUCUUUUAUAUUCUCAUAAACUCAUGAUCAAGUUUAUCCAUAGAAGGAUAAAUCUAUGCUAUUUACAAAAAGAUUGGGCCUUCAUAUGGAAAUUAUAAUGAUAUUGAUAUUAAAGGAGAUUUUAUUGAUGGUCAUUCUAGUUUAGGUUAAGAUUAUUAAUUUCACUAAUAAAGAGUAAAUAAAGCACUUCAUUUGUAUGGAUAAGAAAAGCUUGAAAUAUAAGAAUGUGAAAUAUAUCAAUUAACAUUGA